GACAGAUACUGACUACACUGUAUGUCGUUUUACAUGGAGACAUACACAAGUAGCCCCGCCUUUGUUACCUCUAACUACUGAAUCUGAUUGGUUUUCAGCAGUUAGAAAUUCUAUAAAUGUUCCUCGCUUGGUAUUCCCUCCACAGUUGCUCACAGACUGACAUAUAGCGUGCUUUCCUGUACAUCACGAGGUUCUCUAAAAAGCGAUCAUGAUGUCCGGGGUAGUGUUUACACUAUUGGUAGUGGUGAUAGUGACUGUCCACGGUAUCCCAAGAAAGGGUUGUAUCUGUCCUGCCGUAAUGGACCCGUGGUGUGGAGAGGAGGGAAACUACUACAACCUGUGUAAACUCAUCUGUAAAGAGGAUGAAAUAAAAAGCCAUACUACCUGUGAAGAUUUUGAGGAAUGUAUGAAAGCUUAUCCAGACCUUCCCGAAGAUGAAGUGUGUGCCGAGCAUGGUGUCACCUUUGACACUAUCGAAGAGAUGGAAUGCGCCAAUAUGAAAUUUGUUCACGACGGCGAAUGUAAUUAAUGGAGAACAGAUAUACCUUCAGUAAGAAGAAAUAAAUGUCACGGUAUAUCAACACAGCAAAACGGCAGGAAGGAGUGGUUGAUUAUCAUCCAUGCUACAUAUGGGCGCAAUACACGCUAAAUCCUGUUUUUCGUAAAAGCUGAAUAAUAUGUCAAUCACUUUAUGCAGGGCGUACUAUCGAUACAUGUACUGUGAUGAAUGAUAGACUGGUAAAGUCUGACACACAUGUAUUUUUGAAUAGACGCAUUUUUUUUAAUACUGAAAUUGAAUCCCGAACUGAUAAAAUAAAUAAAAGAUAUCUGGUG